GAAUAUUCGAGCACUAUUUACCAAUCAAAGAAUGUAUAUUAAAGCUGGAGAAUAAUGCUGCUUCAUCAGAAACAGCGCGGAAAAACAUAUUGAAACUGUUUUUUUUUUUGUUAUAAAUAUUUGGUUUUUAAGUGUAGAUUUUUAUAAUAAUUAAGUUAUGUAUCAGUUACGAUUCAUCAAGGAUUUACUAGGAAAAAAUAACAUAACCUCACAACGAUGCCGAGACAUAUCGAACGUUAGAUCUGAAUUGAGGAGAAUAGACAAGAUCCUUAUAGCGAAUCGAGGCGAGAUAGCAUGUCGCAUAUCAAGGACAGCAAAAAAACUUGGUAUAAAAACUGUAGGGGUAUUUAGUGAAGCAGACAGAGACUCUAUGCAUGUAAAUUCCACCGAUGAAGCCUAUUGUAUAGGUCCUGCUCCUUCUAGUCAGAGUUACUUAAGACAAGAUAAAAUAAUUUCGAUUGCAAGAAAAUCGAAAUGUCAAGCUAUUCAUCCUGGUUACGGAUUUUUAUCAGAAAACGUAGAAUUUGCAGAGCUCUGCCAAAAAUCAAAUAUUAUUUUCAUUGGUCCGCCGGCUAGAGCAAUCAGAGACAUGGGAAUAAAAAGCACAUCGAAAGCCAUCAUGUCAGCUGCCGGUGUUCCUAUUAUUGAAGGAUAUCAUGGGGAAGAUCAGUCCAACGAAACACUUUUUACCGAAGCUAAAAGAAUAGGAUUUCCUUUGAUGAUUAAAGCAGUCCGAGGAGGAGGAGGAAAAGGAAUGCGAAUUGCUUUGAAAGAAUCGGAUUUUCUUCAAGCUUUAGAAUCUGCCAGAACUGAAUCUCAGAAAGCAUUUGGAGAUUCCGCGGUUCUUUUAGAAAAAUACGUAGCCGAACCGAGACACGUGGAGGUUCAAAUUUUUGCUGAUCAGCACGGAAAUGCUGUUCAUUUAUUUGAAAGAGAUUGUUCUGUUCAGCGGCGUCACCAAAAAAUUAUCGAAGAGGCACCAGCGCCAGGCAUUUCGGAAGAGAUUCGUAGGGAACUUGGAGCAGCAGCCGUCCGGGCAGCAAAAGCUGUAGGAUACGUUGGAGCCGGUACGGUGGAAUUUAUCAUGGAUCGCCACACACAUAGCUUUCAUUUUAUGGAAAUGAACACGCGUCUACAGGUGGAACAUCCGAUUACGGAGGCAAUUACCGGAACUGACCUCGUCGAAUGGCAACUAAAGGUGGCAGCUGGAGAAAAACUUCCUCUGCGACAAGAAGAUAUCCAAUUGCAAGGUCACGCUUUCGAGGCUAGAAUUUACGCCGAGGAUCCAAGAGGCGAUUUCUUACCAGGUGCUGGCCGUCUUUUGUACUUGGUCACUCCAUCUGUCUCUGACAAUAUUCGAGUUGAAACUGGAGUUAGAGAAAACGAUGAGGUUUCAGUUCACUAUGAUCCGAUGAUUGCAAAGUUGGUGGUUUGGGGUCAAGAUAGAAGCUCUGCUCUCAGGAUACUUCGUUCGAAACUUUCAGAGUAUAAUAUUGCAGGGUUAGAGACUAAUGUAGAAUUUUUGAAAGACUUGAGCACUCAUCCUAAGUUUCAAAAUGGGAAUGUCCAUACAGGAUUCAUUGAAGAAAAUUACGAUUCAUUGUUUCCGACUUUGCAAGUUCCAAGUGAAGUUUUAGCGCAAGGGACUCUUGGAAUUAUUUUGAGUGAAGAGUUGGAGGCGAUGAAGAAAGCAAUGGAUUCGGAAGAUCCUUUGAGUCCUUUUGCGACAGAAACUGGACUUAGGUUAAAUCACGCUUUGGUGAGAAGGUUCCAAUUCAUUGUUGGAAACAAAGAAUUGGAAGUGGAUGUGGAAUAUAGCGAGCCGGAAGUUUAUUUGAUGAGAGUGAAUGAUUCGGGACCUUGGAGAAAAGUAACUGGUAGUUUGAAGAAAACGCAAAAGACUCUAGAAUUGAAGACAGAAAUCGAUGGUGUCGUCGGAAGCGUGAGGAUAGCUAGAGUUGGAAAUGAAAUUGUUCUUUUCGGAAAGGAUCGUUCGUGGAAAUUAAAAAUACCAGAACCGAAAUAUGUUUCACAUCUUAGUAACAAAUCAAAAGUGAAAUUAGGAGCUGCUGUGAGUCCGAUUCCGGGAGUUGUUGAUAAAAUCCUAAUCAAGAAUGGUGAUGUUGUAAAGGCAGGCGAUCCUCUUCUUAUUAUUGUUGCUAUGAAGAUGGAAUACAUCAUCAAAGCUUCUUCAGGAGGAAAAGUCGAGAAUAUUUUGUGCAAAGCUGGUGAUAACGUAGCCAAAGAUAAGCUUCUCGUUAAAAUGGAAGAAAAAACUGCAUAAUGUAACAUCCAGAGCCAAAGUGAAUUUUUGAAAUUAUGAAAUUUAAAAAAAAAAAUAAUGAGAAUAAUUAUUAGUAGAACUUCCAUAAUUUUUGUGGAAUUAAAAUACUAUUUUUUAAUUGCAUAUUACUAAUAUCUUAUACACGUUGUAAAUAUUGUAUAGAAAAAUUUUUUAUUACGAAUUAUGAAGGUGUGUAAUUGUGGUCAAAGUUGG